AACCUCCUGCCUUCUAAAGUUCUAAGCAACUCUGUCAAAAACAAAAGGGUUCUAACUUCUAAGCAACCUUGACCAAUUUCAUUUUUUUAAAAAAGAAAGAAAAGUUGUAAGAAACAUUUCUACAAACACUUUGCAUGCAAGAGUGACGAGUCUACUCUCACCGUCACGGCUUUCUCUUGCCGCCGCACUGCUGCCUCGGAGCGCCGCUGUACUGUUGCCGCUGCUCUAUGCUACCACUAAUUUGCUAUCCUGCUGCUGUUGUUCUCUAUUCUUCUCAGCUCUCUAUGUCGCUGCCUCCGUGCUUUUUGGCUUGAACUACAGUUCAAAGUCCUGAAUUUUUUAUGACUUGCGUGUGAUAUAUAAGUUCCCUCAAAUGCUGAAAGAUCCGAUAAACCCCUCAGCGAAGAAGCUCAUCGGAGCUUCAAUUCUUUUCCGUCGAUGGAUGACAACCAGCAAGAGGGUUCAAGACAGGAGUAAGCAGAAGAGGGUUAACGAUCUUGAGGUCGCAACCGAGAAGUGGAAGAUACUCUCCAAAAUCCUUUUCUUAAUCGAGCUUCUGAAGCAACAGUCCGAGAUGAUUAUCCCUGUUAGAUCCCUUGAAAACUAUCGUAAGCAGAUCAAUCUCCCAAAGCCACAUAGAAUCUCUGAUUUCAUUCGAAAGACGCCAAAGCUUUUUGAACUCUACAAGGAUCGCAAGGGGGUGCUGUGGUGCGGCUUGACGGAGAGAGCCGAGGAAUUGUUGGAGGAAGAACAGAGGGUUCUUGAGCAGCAUUCCGAUAAGGCUGCGGAACACGUUACGAGGUUGCUGAUGAUGUCGGUGGAUAAGCGUCUCCCAUUAGAGAAGAUUGCUCAUUUCAGAAGGGAUUUUGGGUUGCCUAUGGAUUUUAGGGCUAAUUGGGUGCACCAAUAUCCGCAGCAUUUUAGGGUUGUGAAGUCCUUUGAUGGCAUUAAUCAAGUUGAGUGCUUGGAGCUUGUGAAUUGGAAUCCUAAUUGGGCAAUAACGGAAUUACAGAAGAAGGUUACAGGUGUAACUGAAUCCACUACUACCAAUUUGCAUAUCCCUGGUAUGUUGUCACUUCCAUUCCCUUUGAAAUUCCCUUCAAAUUAUAAAAGGGUGUAUCGUUAUAGUGAAAAGAUUCAAGAUUUUCAAAAGAGGGCUUAUUUGUCUCCUUAUGCUGAUGCCAGAGGUCUCAAGGCUGGUUCUCUUGAAUUUGAUAAGAGGGCUGUUGCUGUUAUGCAUGAGAUUCUUUGUUUCACCAUUGAAAAGAGACUGGUCACUGACCACCUCACUCAUUUCCGUUGGGAGAUAGUGAUGCCUCAGAAGCUCAUGAGGAUUCUUCUGAAGCACAUUGGCAUUUUCUAUGUCUCAGAGCGGGGGAAGAGGUUUAGUGUGUUCUUGAAUGAAGCAUAUGAAGGUGCGGAGCUGAUUGAAAAAUGCCCCUUAGUCCUAUGGAGGGAAAAAGUCAUGAGGCUUGUUGGUUAUAGAGGGAGGAAGAAGAAGUUUGAGAUACUCAGUGACAUGUCGGAUGUAGAAGUAGAAGGCGAUAUUGGCUUGAUGCAGAGUGAUUCGGAAGUAGAGGACUUGGACGUGCAGCUUGAGCAACAUGGUUCCAUGGAUUAUGAGGAUCCUUUACUUGUGGACAAUUCUGAGAUGGAUGUUGAAGAGAUAGCUUGUGAAUAUCGAAAUUUUAAGAAUUCUUGAGGUUGAGAGAAUGUGCAGAUGUAAACAUCACACACCAAUUUUUUGAAGUACUGUUUUUCCAUUUUGAUUUGCUGAUGCUUAAAUGAAGCCCAUCUGAAGAAGGUGCAAGUGAUAAUGAGAAUAUAGCUGGACAAAUUAAACCUUGUUUCAGAACCCGCUGGAAACAAUUUAUGAUCAUGGCUAGUCAAUGCUGUAGCAUGGCUUAGACAAACACCUUGUGGUCCUACCUGAAAGGCCAAAAGUAAAGUGGUUCAUGGUUGAUUGGUGUGGUUCAAUCAAUGAACAGAUGAUACUUUUUCUGCAAAAGAAGAUUGAACCUGUUUAAGCUGGGGUAUUGAUUAUCACAACGCAUUGAUCCUGUCUUUAUCAACGAUCCCUAAUCCUCAGCCUUAUCUGGUUAAAGCUCUCAAAACAUUUUGAACUUGUGUAAAAUUUAUCUAGGUAUGCAACAUCCAAUCAUAUAUUGAAGCAAUGCAGAUAAGCGAUUUGAGGGUUAGCGGAUAUCAUUGAGUCAAUCACAUUUGAGGAGACAAGUUUCUUCAUUGCUCGAUGGUAUUUUCAUUUUUUUUCCCACACAUGUUGUAUUUGAUUUUCCAAAGGAAACUGUGCAUUGACUGGAAUAGUGUGGUGACAGAAAACAUAAUACUAUAAAAGGAAACAUUUAUUGUUCA